GGGAACAGGACAUAUAUUCAGGAUAAAUGUAAUAUAAAGUUCAUGUCCACUCUACAUGUUCUAAUUCGAAACGCUACUGGAAACUCGGGUUAUAAUGAAAAUAUUAAGGAAUACAAUGACUUGUGACAAAGAUAAGAGAACUUAUGAAGUUUAAGGAAGUGAUUUAGAGGCAGAUAACAGUGUAGGAGGGCCGGCAGACACUAAGGCAGACACACCGACGGCAGGUGAGGCCUCCGCUGUCUCCCAUCAACAACUGCCAACUCCUGAGAAUAACCUCAGACUCCUAGAAGGUUGAAAGGCCGCUGAAGGUGGAGAGGAGCCCCCAGAGGCCCCAGCAAGUGGGCCACAACAAGAGGGCCCCAGCAAGAGGGCCACAGCAAGAGGGCCACAACAAGAGGCCCCAACAAGAGGGCCACAGCAAGAGGCCCCAACAAGAGGGCCACAGCAAGAGGGCCCCAACAAGAGGGCCACAACACGAGGGCCCCAACAUGGUGCAGGAGGGAAGGAUCGAGUGUGAGGUGGGCGGAGUACAUCAUGUUAUGUACAGCUGCCCACCCCACGCACACCACGCCAUACGCACACGAGUUGUGGACAAUGGCGGCGGUAGAGACGGUCGAGUCUUCCCCUACCUGGCCCACUACCUGGCCACAGGAGACAUGCUGUACCCGGCACACGAGGGCCAGGUGAUGGUCACGCGUCUGCUCCACGAACUCACCCAACUGGACCUGGUGGACGACCUCCUGCACGCCCGCCCUCACGCACUCAAAGGCUGCCUGCCCAAGACCCUCCAGCGUGCCUCGAGCGGCGGGGGUCGCCGGCACACUGUGGCUGGAGAUGGCCACACCCUCCAAGUCAACACCCGGCCUCCACCACGACUCUCCCUCACCAGCCUCCUCACUCGUCUCCUCCUCCCUCACCACACACCCACCUCCACUGUCUACCACCCGCCCUCUAACAAGGGGACGACGCUGGUGGUGGUGAGGGACACGGCGCAGCGCUCCAGGGAGGUGAGGGUGCAGGGGCCGGCCUGGGCCCUGAGGAGUGUGUUCCCAGGGGCACCGGUCCACACAACCCAUGCCACGUACCCCUUGCUCGACUCCUCCGUCACCCCUCACACCUCGGUCACCCAGGUCCUCAACACGCUCACCCGCAGCGGGUACCUUCCCUCCGUCAGGUCGUCGUGGGUGGAGGCGGGAAGCAGCGCCCUCGUGACGCAGUGGCUGGUGUACCACAGGGGUGCUGGCGCCAGGACCUCUUCCACCCUCAGGUACUCCUCCGCCUCCACCUUCAACCUCUCUAACAGCACCAGCAGCAAGGACGACGGGAGAACAACGCUGAAGAACAGACUCAAGACCCGGAGCAAGUCCAUAAUAAGCCUGGCGACCGAACACACUCAACGACCAAUCCUCACCCUCAAGCGCAUCCUCAGUGUCUUACAAUAACUUGAAUCUUGCUUGUUGACCAGACCACACACU